CGGAGACUUGCAAUACGUCACCUCGUGAUGGUCUUAGAUUUGUAGCCUUCGCCACCUCAGCCGACGCAGUUGCUCUUGGGGACACAAGAAGCGCGGCCCUCUGCGGCCGUUUUUCGCCGGGCGAUGACCGCCAGCGCCAACGCCAUCGCUGCCGCUGCCGUGGCCCAGAUCCGGGCAACCCCGGUGGAGGCCUUGGCCCAGCGGCCGCCGGAGAAAGGCUACCCGGCUGCCUCCAUCAGCGAGGCAGAGCGGGCGGUGUUGAACUCUCCCUACGCGCUGGGCUACUUGGGCGCGGGCGAGCUGGAGGAGGAAGAGGGUGCCGAGAUUGACUACGGGGAAUACGCGCUGUCGGAGGGCGAAGCCUUCGAGGAUGAGAUCAUCCGGCCCAAGCCCAGGAAGGACCAAGUCACUGAGUAUGUGGUGGACAACACGGAGCUUCAGGCGGACGCCCCGGGGGUCGCCUUCCGCUUCAGCUGCGUCUUGGAGGACCGCGACGAGCGCCGGCCCGUGGCGCUGUGGGGCAGCAUCGUCGCGGGGGAGGAGGCCGAAGGCUGGGUGCGUGUGGGCGACCGCUUCCUGCCCCACGAGGUGAAUGGGAAGACGGUGCUGGUGCCGCGCGGGCCAUCUAAGUUCCGAGCCGAAGGGCGACUGGAAGAUUUGGAUGAUGAGGAAGCGGAGGAGGAGGGUGCAGACUCAGUGCCAUGGAGAGAUCAGAAGGAGCCAGGCUCAGCUCGGAAGCCCCGGGAGACGCCGGAGCAACGCCGGCAGCGGGUGCUGAGGGAGGAGGAGGAACGCGUCAGGGACAAGGAGCACGAGGAGCAGGAGAGGCGGAGCAAGGAGCUGCUGCGGAAGCACCGGCAGCUGCUGCAGCAGGGCUCCAGCCACUACACCGCGCUCUCGGUGCACCGCACGGCCUCUUUGGAGGAGAUCCACGAGGCGUACCGGAAGCUGUGCAAAGUCUUCCACCCCGACAGGGCGGAUGAGAAAAACGAGCGGGCGGCGCGACACCGCAUCAUGGCCCAACUGACGGAGGCUUAUGGGGUCCUGUCGUGUCCCACCAAGCGCUGGGCCUACGACCGCAGUCUGCCGGGCGAGAUGGAGGAGCCGGCGCCGGGACCCGUCGCGUUGGAGCGCGGAAGCGUGGACGACGGCCAGGACGGGGACUUCGACUUCUCGGGGGACGGCCGGCCGUUCCGCUUCUGCAAAGGCAAGGCGGCCCGGGUGGCAAAGGCCUGUGGCAGCCGGGAGGGGGUGCGCUUGGUGAUGCAUCAGCUGCUGGGGAAGGAGCCCAUGGAGCUGGCGGAGUGUGGCGGUGUGGUGCGCCACGUCGGGCCCAUGUCGCCUUUGGGCGGCCUCGGGGAGUGCGGAUCUGCCAACUGCCUGGCGCAUCGCCUGCGGAGCCCCGAGCUGCGCAACGGCUUCCGAGACUUCGUGGUGUCCAAGGUGAGGGCGGCGCUGCGGACCAAGAGCCGCUGGUGGGGCCCGGAGGGCUUGCACUACGCAUCCCUGGGCAGCGGCGAGCUGUUGUUCGACUUGGAGCUUUUAGAGCGGCUCCGCGAGGAAGGCGUGCGCAUCGCCAAGAUCUGCUUGAUCGACCGCGCCUAUGGGGCCCCCAGCCUCGCCACACGACGCGCGCUCCGGGAGUUCGCGGAUUGGCAGCGGGCGAGCGCUCAGCUAAGAAGACUGCUGCCAGCCGAGAUCUUCGUUUUUGGGCGCCUGGCAGAUUACUUCGAGGCUGCGGAGAAGGGCUGCGCCAGUGACUGCCACGUCUUCGUGCACUGCGAUGCGCACUGGGAGGGCUGCGCCGGGGAUUGCAACCGCCUCGCCAGCCGCGCCUUGUGCAAGAACGGUCUUCUCGCCAGGCUGGCCGAGAGCACUGAGUCUUUGGACGCAGACCUCCCCAAGGGCGCGCUGGUGGCGCCCUUCCGCGGCGACGAGCCCUUCUCCACGGGAGCCGCGGAAAGCGACGCGAGUGUGGCGCAGCAGGGUGGCCUCCAUGUGGGCGAGCCAUUCUUCUCGGCCGCCUGGAUCUUGGCCUCGUGGCCCGCGGAGUGCUUCAAGCCCCCGUCCCUGCAGCGCGUGGAGCACCCGCUGCUCAGCAGGCCGGAGGACUCCUCGAGGCUGCGGCUCUUGGCCCGUGACCUGCGGCUGGAGGUGUGGCGGGUCACCUGCAAGCCCCGGAUCCCGGUGCGCGCGGCGCCGGCGGCCUCCGCGGAGAUCGUGGAGGUCUUCUACGCGAACGACGAGGUGCUGGUGGCGGAGGUGAAGGCGCCAUGGCUCAAAGUCGCCAAGGAGCACUGGCAGACCGACGCCCCCGAGGCGGCUUGGGUUCUCCAAGACGGCUCAGCCUUCGGCCUGGGCCCGCUUUUGGAGAGGAUCUAGCGCGGGGG